AUGAGUAAUUCAUCUCUAUAAUCCUCAUCAUCACUUCCUUAAAUUAAAAACAAGUUACAUGUGGGAGAAAACCUCAUGUAUUAAAUCCACAAAAAAGCCUUGCAAGAAUAUCUAAAAAGUGGCAACAUAGAUCAAAGGAUUGUUUCAAUGAAUUUACUAAAUGUAAGUUAAUUGAAGAAUGAAGAACUUGAUGUACUGCACAAAUCUCUUAGUGCCAAGAACUAAAAAUUAGAAGGAGAUGCAGGCAAGAUAUUAUCCAAAGUAUUUCCAUUAUUCUAAUACACUUUAGUUUAGACCAAAAGUCAAAUCUAAUGGAUUACCACUCUAUUUCAAAAAACCUGAUUAUUCACAUGAAGAUCAAGAACUCAAUUAAUUGGAAGAUCAUCUGUAUCGAAUACAAUAAUCAAAAUAGCAAAAUCGUGCUCAAAUCUAAAUUGAAUACCUGUAAAGUCUUUAAUGGAACCUAUCUUGUAGAUCCAUCCAUAUCAGAUCUUUAAAGGACCAAUUAAAAGUCUAAAUAACCCUAAUAAUUUAUUUACUUUCCUGCCAUUAAGCGAAAACCAAGUCAAGCUAAUUUAAGAGAUGGCUAACAAAUUAAUUAAGUAGUCAAUUAAAGAUUGCACGACUCUGAAUUAACUUUGUAAGAAUUAAGGGAUAGAUAUAAGGAAUCAAAACUUAGUGAUUUCUAAAAGUAUUUUUUUUAAUUGAUUGAUGAGGGGGAUGUUGGGGAACUCUAAUCUUUAUUCAAACAAAAGGAAAUAACUUAAAACAUUCUGAACAGUCCAAAUCAUAAAGGGUACUACCCUGUUCAUUUAGCCAUCAAAUAUAAGAAUCCAUAAUUAUUUAAGCUGUUUUAAUAAAAUGGAGCUGAUAUGAGUGUGUUAACUAGAAAAAAGAAAUCAGUUUAAUAAUUAUUAGAAAUAUAUUAUAAUGAUGAAAUCUACGAGUUAAUUAAUGGUAAAAAGAAAGGGAAAUUAUAAUGA